AUGGUCAUGAGCACCGUGUUUGGCACGAGUACAAGGUCGUCGUUGAUUGUCUAUCCGUGUAAGAUGCUUCUGGUUUUGGAGAAGAUACUCUUUUUGCUUGAGCUUGUGCCGUUUAUGACAGGAGGAGAUAGCAUCAUAUAUAUAUUUACGAGGAUGGCUGUUGAUGGAGAUGGUUCGUAUCUGUGUUGGUUCUGUGCGGCAUAUACGUGGAUACAUGGCUGUGACGGAUGGAUGUGGUGGCCAUAG